AUGGCGACGGAUGAACUGGCAGCAAAGUUAAACAGGAGGAAUUUAAUUAACGAGGGUGAAGAAGGUAGUCCGGUGUUACCUUCUACAACCGUCUUUAACCCGUACACGGAGUUUAAGGAGUUCACCAGGAAACAGAUUCAGGAUUUUCAGAAAACUUUUAAUAAGUACGAUGUGGGUAAGGACAAGUUUAUAGACCUGAUGGAGCUGAAGCUGAUGAUGGAGAAACUAGGGGCCCCUCAGACUCACGUUUCUCUGAAGAACAUGAUCAAAGAAGUGGAUGAAGACUUUGAUGACAAGAUUAGUUUUAGAGAGUUUCUACUGAUUUUUCGGAAGGCAGCAGCGGGAGAGCUACAGGAGGACAGUGGGCUGUAUGAUCUGUACAAGAACAUGGAGGAGAUAGAUGUGGAUGUCGAGGGUGUCAAAGGUGCUAAGAACUUCUUCCAAGCGAAG